AUGUCGAAGAAAACGAAACAUCAUCAUCGUCACAGCUCUCAACAAAGCCAUUUGGCUACGAACUCUCAAUUACCACAACAAAAUACCCUCCCGCAUGAAGAGUUCUAUUCAGAUUGUUACUCGACAUUUUCACAAGUUACCACCUCCACAAUGAAUGAUAUAGAUCAUUUACCAUACACUCUAAAUAUACGGACUCUCACAAUAAUCGUUGGUGUCACUAUCGGGGGGCUUCUCUUUGGUUAUGAUACCGGAGUUAUAUCCGGAGUUUUAUUAUAUCUUAGACCAUCAGACUUACACCGUUUGAGUAUUACAGACCUACAGAAGGAAUUUAUUACUGCCAGUACAGGUAUAGGUUCCUUUAGUGGGUCAAUCGUUGCCUUCAAGAUUGCUGACCGAUAUGGUCGUAGAAUCACAUUAGCCAUAUGUUGCGCAAUUUUUAUAUUGGCAUCAGUGUUGAUGUCUAUGGCUCGUACUUUGAAUAUAUUGAUACUAGGAAGAUUUAUCGUUGGGAUAGCUAUUGGUGUAGCUGCUCAAUGUAUCCCGAUAUAUUUAAGUGAAAUAUCACCGGCAAGUAUACGUGGGUUCAUGUUAACUUUAAAUUCAAUUGCUAUCACUGGAGGUCAAUUAUUAUCAUAUAUUAUUGCAUACUCGUUAAGAAACUCUUCUCAUUCGUGGCGAUAUUUAUUUGGUAUUGCCGCAUUGCCAGCUUUAUUAUUCAUAUUAAUACUCGAUUUCAUUCCAGAAUCACCAAGGUGGUUGGCUCAUACGCAUCAGUAUGCCGAGGCACAAAAUUCAUUACGAAUGUUAUAUCCCAAUGCUAAUUCACUUCAAAUAAACUUACAACUGAGGAAAUUAUUGAUGGCGCUUAAUAAAUUAGAGAGAUAUGGACAUAAUCGUCCAGAAGUAGACUCAAUGACACCUUUAUUUGAGAGGUCUAAUAGUCAAACGUGGCCAUCUUCUAUUUUAGCCCAAAAUUUUGCACGUACAAGGACAGAUGCAAGAAUUAGUAAUGACGAACAUUCAACAAGACCGCAAUUGCAACUCUCCAAUCAAAAUAAUAAGCGGAAGAAAAUGGAACCAAAGACUAAGAGAGCUUUGGUUAUAGGAUGUGUUCUUAUGUUUUUCCAACAGAUGUCAGGUUUUAACGCAUUCAUGUAUUAUUCACCAAUAAUAUUCUCAAAACUGGAGACAGAGAAUCCUCUAAUCCCAGCAAUGAUAAUUGCUGCUACCAAUUUUGUAUUUACGUUUGUUGCCUUGUUUCUUGUGGAUUCAUUAGGUAGAAGGGCAAUAUUAUUGUAUACCAUUUGGGUAAUGAUCUUAGGAUUAUUACUAGCAAGCAUAGGAUUUGAUCAUAACAACAUUAACUUAUUACUAGUAUCCUUAAUCAUAUAUGUUGCAGGUUAUGCGUCUGCAUUGGGAACUGUCCCUUGGAGUUCUGUAGAGUUUUUGCCUUUAAAUCAAAGGGCUUUCGGUGCUUCAUGUAUAUCUUGUACGAACUGGUUUACAAAUACAUUAGUAUCGUUAACCUAUUUAAGUGUCAUGAACUCCGUUGGUAAUGAGAAUACGAUGUUAGGGUUUGCAUUUUUUAUGUUAUUAGCAUGGGGAUUUGUUUUUGUAUGCUAUCCUGAAGUAAAAGGGUUAUCAUUAGAAGAAAUAGGGGAGGUAUUUGCAGAUGGUAUUGAUGUUCAUUAUAUAUACAGGAACUACUAUUGA